CUUGACUGCCGCCUUGAGGCGUUGGACUGAACUGGAUUGCAAGUAAGUAUCGCUAGUAGCCCGUGGCGACGAUCGUGGUCUACUCAUGGCGUAUCCAAAUGCACUGGUUUCUGGUGUUCUACGUUCAGUUGAGCGGCUGCGCCGACGGACCCUAUAAGAACGCAAUUUUGCUAGACCGUUCAAGGUACUCUUCUCUUAUCUCUAUCCACCUCCGUCCCUCAAAACAUAUUCGUCAAAAUUUUCGGCCUACUCAUCGUCGCACUCGUGAUUGGCCUUGGAAUGUCUGCUGCUGGUACUACAGGACGCGUACAAAGGCCAGUUAGCCAAUACUAUGCCCCUACGUCAAGUCAAGACAAUGAUGCGGAUGCAAAUUACCCCCCGCUCACGGCCCCAUUGGUACCAACUGGUACAUCUAUUGCUCCAUUCAAAACUAGGCGCCAGCCUCCUGUCUAUUUCUACAACAAGGGCGCUGCAUUCUACGAAUUCACCAACUUCUCCCCUCAUCCUGUAUACUACAAAGGCAAGAGAUACCCAACCAGCGAGCAUCUCUUUCAGUCAUUCAAGUUCAUUGAUGACCAUCCUGACAUCGCGGAACGUAUCCGGAAUUGUGGUGAACGGCCCAUGCUCGCUUUCGACGAGGCGCACCGGCACCAGAAAUGGGUCCGUCCCGACUGGCGACAAGUCAACGUAGAAAAGAUGGAAAUUGCGCUGCGACUCAAAUUCAUCCAACACCCUGACCUGAAGGCCAUGCUCCUUGGAACUGGAGACGCUGAACUCGUAGAGGAUUCUCCGAGAGAUUAUUUCUGGGGGAAUGGUGCCGACAAAAGUGGUCGCAACGAACUCGGAAAAGCGCUUGAGCGCCUUCGUGAAGAGCUGCGCCACGAGGAUGAUCCAGACUAUCUCCCGAGCGUCAGGCGCGAUGCGAACCGGUUCUCAGUUCAGGACCUCACAUCUCUAGUCCCAAAUACCAACGUGCGACAGCCCGGUGCAAACCGGUUUUCGGUUGCAUUCACGGCUGGCUCACCAGCUAGUUCCCACACCACAUCCAACAAGAGCCCCGGCCUUUGCGUGUUUUGUCAGUCCAGACCGAAAUAUCAAAAUCACCAGUACUGUGGAAGAACCUGCGCCACCGAGGCAGCCAAAGUGUGUAGCUUUUGCCGUGUUAACCCCAGACACGGCAAACACCCGUUCUGUUCAAGAACUUGUGCUGCUAAGGCGAGUGGGGGUGUCUAAAUAUUAUCGAAGUUCCGUAGUCAAGAUCCACAUCGCGGCUGGACUGCUAUGACUCUGUGUUUACGUUGCAUUCCGACCACUAUUAGUAUCCUUUUGUAUGACAAUACACACUCGUAAUACGCCACAACGUUCCAG